UGCAAACAUAAUACAUGAGCUGAAAAUCCAGACAGAUACGUCAGCUGUGAGCAGAGUACAGUACCGGUGCAGAAGGUGUGACAAGGUUGGGCGUCGUUAUCAGGUCGUGGCUCACAUUCUCAAAGCCCAUGUCCCUAUCGAGAGAGUGCCUUUCUUUUGUACCAGGUGUUUCUUUCGAUGCCAGGACAGAGACACCUUGUGGAACCAUACGGAACGCUACAGGGGACACAUCAAUGAGGUCAAGAAGAACGGACCAACGGGUGAACUGAAGGACAUCCUAAGGGCAUCGACAAAUCCUUGGUAUGUAACGGACAAGGACAUGGUAAUGAUUGAUUGCGAGGUGCCUUCACCACAGGUCGUAGGUUUUGACGAGGACCCGUUUCAGAACAACGACGGACAAGACCACACGUUAACUGCACCAAGCCCCAAGGGACCACCACCACCGAAAGUGUCGUCACUAUCAUCAUUCAGGCCUGCACUUCAGCCAUUUGGGAAUGUGCCUGACUUUCGAGCAGUCCCAUUGAAGGAUAAUUUGGCUAGUAAGAUACCAGCACAGAAGAUACCUAAAGUCCAGAUACAUUCAGGGCAAAAUUCUGUCCCUGCUUUCAGCAGUGUUGUCCAACAACCAUAUGAUGUCGCAGGGCAUGGUCUGACUUACACUGAUCUUGAGUCUGUCUCGAUGUUUGAUAUUGGUCCCAACGUUAGACAGGAAGCCCAAAGUGAUCAGCGAAAUCAAAUGCCGUCAACAGAGGUUGGUCACUUCAUGGAAAAUUCGUUUCCGGCCUUCCAAACUGCUGGAGACAUUCCUAGAAAUCCAAUCUUUGAGCAGAGAGAAACACGUACUCCCUCAUACGAAAGGAAGCGCAAGGCAGUUGACAUUGCACCUACCCCUUGCCUAGACGAAACGCUCACGGAACUGGAUCUUGUAAUGCCAGUUUUGCAAGAAUUGACUGACCCCUUAUUUCUUGGGAAAACGCCUAAAUGUGGAGAGGACCAAGCAGACAACAUCAAAACACCAAUACAAUUACAAGAGUCUAUGGCUUCGAUGGAAAAAAACAUUGUUGCAGCCAUAGAGGUACAGACCGCAGUGUUCCUCUCCGGGUUUCAGAGGGUUUGUAAAUCAUUGGAUGAAACAAACAAAGAGCUUUGCAGAAUUGAACGCAAAGUCAAUCAUCUGGAUCAGCAGAUAACUGAUAGUGAUAAGGAGAACACUAAGCAUGUUAAGCAGAUUAACAGGAAAAAAUGAAGGCUGCAGGAGCAUCCCUUUUUAUUAGUGGGAGGCAAUGUUGUGCCCGGAUUUUGGGACACAAAAGACAUUAAUUUAAAGUUAAACUUGUUCUUGUUAUUAACAUAAAUACAUUAUAAAUGUAGCCGAUACUAUUUAAAGUAAUCUUAUUUAACACUUACCCGAUUUUAUUCAGAACAUGAUGAUAUUCGGAGGGGUAAAAGUAUCAUGAACUGACUCUGUAUUUACAUUUGCCAAAAGUGCAUUUCAGAUAAACUUUACCCCACCCGGUAAUUGUAAGCAUUUAGUGAACGUUUUCAACAGAUGCAUGCUUUUAAAUUUAAAUCGUUCAACAAUAGCUUUCCUCGAUAUGUUGGUUUUAAGAUGCAUUUGUUUUCCUCACCGCUGGUGCGACGUUAUAUCCAUAUUUCUUGCAUUAUUUAUCGUAAAGUUUCUGUACUCGCACAAUGUCAGCCAUUUUGUUUUUCUGCGCAACUUCCGCUCGUUUAAGGUCAAGUGCAGUCAUGUAUAAGGUGACUCAUCUUUUUGAUUUGUUUAUGUUUACAUUCCAAAACUUAAGGCUAUGUCCGGAGCCUUUCUUUGUAUCAGUUACAUAUUUUUCCAAGAUGGCUGCCUUUGAUUCACUUAAACGUUCUAUUUUGUGGCAGUCACAUGACUGCCAUUCAAAUCGUUGUC